UUGUCCAACGAAGAACAGCCUCAGCCCUGCCUGCUCCUUCUCCCCGAUCUCCAGAGCUGCUCUACGACGCCCAGAUGAAGCAAUCUAUCGACGACGACACCUCCCAGAUUGACGACGGCGACGCCAGGUUGUCAACCGUGAUAAGCUCGUCACUUUCGGAACAGAUUCCUGAUUCGUGCGGAACCAUUGUUCGGGAUGAAGGCGUCGUCGUGGAUGAGCUUCCAAGGGAGAUCGAAGAUCCAGAGUUCUUCGGGGUGGUUUCAAGCUCUGCUCAUAAAUGCCAUCACAAUAUGCAUCCAGCAAGGAAGGUUGCUUUUGUUUACGCUUCCACUGGGAGGAGGUUCCUCGGUUGCCCCCUCAAUGGAGCAGAGAGAUGUCGCUGGGUCAUGUGGAUUGACGAACCAUGGAGGCUGGUGCUUUCACGCUCCAUCAUGCGGCUGUGGGACGAAUCUGAUGAUAGGGCAACACUCUUACAGUCCAAGAUUAAGGAACUUCAGCAAGCUUACAUAGAGCUUUGGACAGAGCGAAGCAAUUUUGCGGCAGAGCACGAACAGGUCGUGAGUCAGCUUACGGAUAUCAUAGCUGACAAUAAGAUUAAGAUGGCAAGUAGGUUGGAUCUCCAUACUAAGCUGUGCCUAGCAUCUGUUACUGUAGCUGUCACUCUCGCGUCGGUGUUGGCUUAUGUGUUGUCUUCCUAGAUGUGUAGUUCAAUAUUAAUAUGGUGUC